AUGCCCUGGUGCACCGCCAUCGAAGACGACGCCUGGUCCAUACGGGGGGACGACUACUUUUGGCAGAACUUCCAGCACUACUGCCACACGUACGACGGAACGGACUGGAAGUUCUACUUUAACGGGGCGCUGGCUCACACCGAGACCGUGGCCCUGGACACCGGCUCCGACAACCCAUUGACGAUCGGAGUGCGCUACUCGAGCGGGUUCGAAGACGUGCUCCUCAAGCUCUCGCUCCCCGAGGCCGCCAAGCCGGGCAUGCGCGCCAAGCCCGUCGAGGAGCAGUGGAAGUUCGUCGAGAUGUACGCGGCGUCCGGCGGGGCGGGGGGCUUCGAAGCCGCCGACUCCGCGGCGCUGAAAUCCGUCGCGGACGCGCCCGCGCGCCCGCCGCUCGCGGCGCUCCGCGCCGUGCGCACGGGCAUCCGCACGGGCGCCGCGGCCUGGCUCACGGGCUUCUACGGCGCGGGCGGGCCCCGCGCCGUCGCGUCCGUGCUCUGGUGCUUCUCGGAGCGGUGCGCCGCGCGCGCGGCGUCGGAGCUCGCGACGGCCCGUGCGCUCGAGGCCGCGGGCUGCGCGAAGGCCCUGGUGAACCACCCGAGCGGACUGGACCACGUCUGCCGCGAGGGCGCGGAUCUGGUGCGGGCCUGCGCGGCGGCCGCGUUGGCCUGCCACGACCACGUGCUCGCGGCGCCGGCCGCGCCGCCGCUGUUGGAAGCGCUGGCCGUCGUCGCGCACUUCCACGCGGAGGUCGGGCGGCCUUUGGUGCUCGACGCUGUCCGCGGCGCGUCCCAGGACGGGUCCUUGGCGGCGUUGGCGGCCGUCGUCGCGCCGCGCGGCUCCGGCCCCGCGGCGCCGUCGAGGCCGACGCGGAGGGCGGUCCGCGCGGGCGCGAUGGCUCUCGCGAACGAGCUCGUGUGCGGCGAGGCCGACGCCGACGAGCGGGGCGCGCUGCGCGAGGAGGUCUCGGCGGCCUUCGACGAGUCGACGGACGACGCCGCGGCCGACGGCGACCACGCGGACGCGGCGGAAGCCGAGGCGCGCGGCGCGGCGCUCGGCGCGCGGUCCGGCGGCCUCGUCGCGGCGCCGCGGGCCCGGGGCGCGGCCGGCGGCGCGACCCUGCCGCCGGGCGGCGCGACCAACUUCGCGCUCGAGGGGGCCGCGCUGCGCUGGGGCGGCGCGGAAGAGCCCGCGAAGCGGCGGAGCCUCGUGUCCUUCGGUGCCAAGGCGAAGCGCGGCGGCAGCGCCGCCGGGUCGCUGGACCUCGCGCUCGCCGUCGACGUCUGCCCGCGGUCCGGCCACCCGGACCUCGGGUCGCCGUCCGUGCCGCGCUUCGGGCUCGAAGUCGUCGUCGCCGGCGGCGGCGUCGCCGCGCUCGCCGCGGACAGUCCCCGGGAGCGCGACGCCUGGUACGCGGCCCUCGUCGUCGCGGCGGACCGCGCGGCGCUCAAGGCCGCGGACCCCGGCGCGCGGUCCGCGCUCAGGGCCGCGCUCGCGCCCUACGAGGCGAACGCGCCCCGGAUCGUCGCUGCGCAGGCGGCCGCGUUCCGCCACAUGGCGCGCGAGGACGCGGCGGCGGGCGGCGACGGCGGCGGCGUCGAGGCCGUGCUCGACGCGCUGCGGAAGCGCGCGGCCGUGCCCCGGCUCCGGGCCAAGGUCGAGGUGUUGGGGCGCGCGGCGCUGUCGGCGAUCCACGGCGGCGCGGCGGCGGCCGCGUGGCGCGACGCCGUCGACGCGCUCUGCGACGGCGACGUGCCGGAGAACCUGAGGGACCUGGACCUCGAGUCCUUCGACGAGGGGCCCGCGGCGCCCGCGGCGCCCGCGGCGCCCGCGCCGGCGACGGACGUGGCGUCGGCGCUCUCGGCGGCGGCGGCGCUGCCGCCGCUGCCCGCGGCCGUGCCCGCGGCGCCGGGGCCCGCGGACGCGCUGGCCAAGUACCGGAAGAUGCUCAAGAUGCACCUGCCCCGGGGCGCCGUGGAGCAGAAGAUGCGCGCCGAGGGCGUGGACCCGGCGCUGCUGGACGAGGGCGGCCCCGCGGACGCGCUGGCCAAGUACCGGAAGAUGCUCAAGAUGCACCUGCCCCGGGGCGCCGUGGAGCAGAAGAUGCGCGCCGAGGGCGUGGACCCGGCGCUGCUCGACGGCGACGCGCCGGAGGCCGCGGUCGCGCUCGCCGUCGCCGAGGAACCGGCCGUCGCCGCGGUCAAAGACGACCCGACGUACGCCAAGUUCUUCAAGAUGCUCGCCAUGCACAUGCCCCGGGGCGCCGUCGAGCAGAAGCUCGCCGCCGAGGGCCUCGACCCGGCCGUCCUCGACCUCGACCCGUCGAAGCCCGCGCCGAAGACGCUACCGAAAUCCAAGAAGAAGCCCGCGGCGCCGCCGCCCGUGACAUCCUACGGCGAGAAGCCGCCCGUGCCCCUGCGGCCCUGGCACUGGACGGCGCUCCGCGGCGACGCGGCGGCGGCGACGCGCUGGUCCAAGGCGUCCCCUAUCGUGCCCUUCCCCGCGGAGGACCUGCACCGGGCGCUCGCCGCGCGGACCUCGAAGCCCGGCGGCGCCGUCGUCGCGUCCUUCGUCAGGACGGCGACGACGAAGCCCGCGGCCCGCGCGUCCUUCGUCGACCCGCGGACGGCGCAGAACGUGGGCAUCGCGCUGCGCAAGAUGCGGCGGCCGCCCGAGGAGCUCGCGCGGCUCGUGCUCCGCGGCGACGCGUGCCCCGAGUCGCUGCUCGACCUCCUGGCGUCCGCGGCGCCGACGGCGGAGAUGCGCGGCCUGGCCCUCGCGCACCGCGCGUCCGGCGCGGGCGACGACGACCUCGACGACGUCGAGCGCUUCCUCGUCCAGGCGAGCCUCGUGCCGGCGUUCGACGCGCGCCUCGAGGCGCUGGAUCUCCGCGUCCGCUUCGGCGCCGCGGCGCGGGAUCUCGAGGCGCGCCUGAGCUCCGUGGAGGCGGCGUCGACGGCCUGCGUCGAGAGCGCGAGCCUCUGGGCGGCGCUGGCGCUCCUGCGGGACGUCGGCAACGUCGUCAACGGCGGCACGCCGCGCGGCGGCGCCGCGGGCUUCCGCCUCGACGCGCUGAGCCGCCUCGAGGCGACGAAGGCCGCCGACGACGGCAGGCCCUUCCUCUGCCGCGUCGUGACCUGGCUCGACGCCUACGACGGCCAGCUGCUCCCGAGCUUGGGGCGGCUCCGCGUCGCCGCGGACCGCGCCGCGCGAUCCGCGCGCGCGCUCCGGGCCGACGUCGGCGCGCUGCGCGCGCGCGUGGCGCGGGGCGAGGCGCUCCUCAAGGCCGAGGCCGAGGCGGCGAAGCGGGGCGACGAGCCCGACCGCGCGGCGUUCGUCGCGUCGCUCCUGCCCGUCGUCCAGGGCGCGCGGAGGGCCGUCGACGGCCUCGCGGCGCGCGAGCGCGGGCCGACGGCCGCCGCGGCCGCGGCCCUCGCGGCGGCCUUCGGCGCGCCCCCCGACGCGUCGUCGCCGGAGCUCAUCCUCGGCGACGAGCUCGUGCCCUUCCUGUCCGCGCUCAGGGACGCGAAGGCCGACGUCGACGCGGCGCGCGCGGCCGAAUCCGCCGCGGCGCGCAAGGCCGCGCGGGCGCGCGACGACGGCCGCGCCUACGUCAAGCCCGCGCGCGCGCCGCCGCCGGCGCCCGACGAGGGCGACGACCUCGUCGCGGCCUACCGCCAGGUCCAGGGCGACGCGGACGCGACGAUCGCGCGCUUCGUGCUCAUGCGCGAGGCGUCCCAGUCCUACGCCCGCAUGCCGACGCCGCGCGCGCUGACGACCGAGGACCCCCGCGCGGCCCUCCUCCGCAAAAAGUCCUCGCAGGCCCACAGCUUUAAGCUCUGAGGCG